AUGAAAACACCACUCAUCCUCACCCUGUUAUCAACAACCCUCACCUCCGCAACAGCGUCAACCCUCCAAUCCCCCCUCGAUCCCCCCAACAACAAUGCCAUAAACAUGAACCCAAAAACAGGAAACCCCAUAAUCCCAGGCUGGUACGCCGACCCGGAAGCCCGCGUCUUCGACACAACCUACUGGAUCUACCCAACCUACUCCGCCGCCUACGAAUCCCAAACCUUCUUCGACGCCUUUUCCUCCCGGGACCUCCUCACCUGGACCAAACACCCCCGCAUCUUGGAGUUCGGGGGCAUCCCCUGGUCCACGAAUCGGGCUGCGUGGGCGCCGAGUGUGAUUCGUCGGCCUGCUUCGCCUACAACCAACCACAGUGACGAUGUCGCAGGGCAUGGGUACGAUUACUUUAUGUACUUCUCCGCCGGGGACGGGGCAGGAAUUGGAGUCGCGAAAUCGACGACGGGACGGCCUGAGGGCCCGUAUGCCGACGCCCUUGGAGAACCGCUUAUCCCGACCACCGUGUUUGGGGCGGAGCCGAUCGACGCGCAGGUGUUUAUUGAUGAUGAUGAACGCGUGUGGCUGUAUUUCGGGGGGUGGAGCCAUGCCGUCGUGGUGGAGUUGGGGAGUGACAUGGUGAGUUUGAAGGGGGAGUAUCUCGAGAUAACACCCAAAGGGUAUGUCGAGGGGCCGUGGAUGAUGAAGAGGAAGGGGGUGUAUUAUUUUAUGUUUAGUGUGGGGGGAUGGGGAGAUGACUCCUACGGAGUGAGUUAUGUUACUGGGGAGUCGCCUACGGGUCCGUUUACCACGGAGCCGGUCAAGAUUCUCGCUGGGAAUGCGACGGUUGGCACCGGGACGGGCCAUAAUAGUGUGAUCACACCAGAUGGAAAGGACUACUAUAUCGUCUAUCAUCGGCGGCCGGUGAAUGACACCGAGCGCGAUCACCGCGUGGUCUGCAUCGAUCGGAUGGAGUUUGAUGCAGAGGGGAAUAUCCUGCCGGUGGUGAUUACGACCGAGGGCGUAGAUGCAAAGGCAUUGGAUCAGCCGACCCUGUCUAGCGUAAAUGCUUGA